GUGCUUAACCAUUUAGAUGAUGAUUUUUUUUUAUUAAUAUGAUAGUAUGAUUUCUUAACAAAACCUGUUUCAGCUAAUAGUGUCCUUGAGGUUUUGUUCUGAUCAUGUUGGGUUUGGUUAAAUGUUGUUUGGCAGCAUGAUUUUAAUUAUGUUGAUUUGUAGUUCUAUGUGCUGAAACUUUUCAGGCAAUUUAGUUACGAGUCUUGUGAAAUUUUGCAGUACGCAUGUUUUGUUUUGACUUGUUUCAAUUUAUAAGUUUUUUGUUUGCCUUUUCCUUUAAGCAAUGGUUUCGUAAAGAUUUACUCAAUUAUAGGCUGGUGGAAGAAGCUGAUUUCAGAUCCACUACAGAACUGUUUGCUAAGAAAGGUGAUGUGAAAUCGCUUGAUAGUUUCAUACCAAAAUCUGAAAGUGACUUCUUGGAAUAUGCAGAACUUAUUUCACAUAAGCUUCGCUCAUUUGAGAAAAGUUACCAUUAUAUCGGUUUACUUAAGGCAAUAAUGAGACUGUCCAUGACUGCCAUGAAAGCUGCAGAUGCAAAAGAAGUUUCGGCCUCUGUUAGUGCAAUUGCAAAUGAAAAGAUAAAAGCUGAGAAAGAAGCCACCGUUAGCAAAAAGAAGCAAGCUGGGAAGAAAAAACAGCUUCAUGUUGAUAAGCCCGACGAUGAUUUGGUGGUUAAUCCCUAUGAUGCUCUUGAUGAUGUUGGUUUUAUGUAAUCUGUUUUGGUAAUAGGCAUUACAUUGUUGGGCUCAUUGCGUUUCAUCAGAAUCACAUUUACACCAUGAUUGAUGAGUGAGUGGAUGAUGUAUACAAUGUUGUUAGAAGAAAACUUUGCAUUUUUGCCUUUGUUUUCAGCUGUUUAGUUAAAACCCUUGAAAGACAAGGACUGAAUGUCUUUAUACUCGUUUGUAUGGAGGUAAAAGUAAAGUUGAAAUAAGUAAAGACACUGCAUGGUUCUCACA